CCGAUGAAAGACUUCUCCUCUCAGUGUAUUUUCGAUGUUAGGGUUUAAUUUUGUUGCGCUGGAAGACGAAUUCUUACUUGUUUAAUUUUGGAGAUUAUAUGACAAUAUUUUAUUCAUUUAAAAAUAAAUAAAGGUGAACUUGUUGCCUGCUUCUGAGAUAUUUUCUAUUUAUUUACCACCGAUUACAACUUGAUGUGUGUUUCUGGAUUCAAAGGUAUGGACACACAUGCAGUGCAGCAGAGAGGGCUCCUGUCUGCAGCGGGUAGCUAGCCAUGCCUAGGGUCUCAUCCGGCCGGACUCAACCCUUCUACCUGACUCUUGGUUGACCUCAGGGAUGUCCCUGGCCUGUCUCUGAACCGGACCAUGGAGGAAAGACGUGCACAGUCCUUUCACAUGACGUGCCACGUGCAACGCGACUAUGGCAGCAGGAUGGGGAGCUCCUUCAUAAGUUGCAGACCCAAUGGAUAUGGCGGCACGAGCCUCAACCUCAGCCUGGACCAGGAGAUGGACGCUGACCCCGCGACCUCCACCGGCACUACAUCCUCCAGUUCUACCCUACGGGCUCCUGCUGCUGACAGAAGCUCCUACUCUCCCGUUUCACUGGAGCUGGACCCCACAGCGGGGAAUAAUGGAUCAGGCAUUCCCUGCUAUCCACCAGCGGACACAAAUAUCCCAGUGCUUCCGUCCAUACUUGGCGAGCCCUCCAUCACCUCUGUCCCUCUGACUCUCCCUCGUUCGAGCUGGAUGCGUCAUCAUCAAAAGCAAUUCCAGAGCCCGUACACCAAGACUAGCAUGCAGGGGGAUGUUUACAACUUCCUAGAGAGGCCUGCUGGAAUAAGAUGCUUCCUCUACCACUUCCUCGUCUUCAUCAUGGUCCUGGUGUGUCUAAUCUUCAGUGUCCUGUCUACUAUAGAGCAAUAUACAGAGUUCGCCACUGGAACACUCUUCUGGAUGGAGAUUGUGCUGGUGCUGUUCUUUGGCACGGAGUAUGCGGUCCGGCUGUGGUCGGCAGGCUGCCGCAACAAAUAUGCAGGCUUCAAAGGACGCCUCUGCUUUAUCAGGAAGCCCAUAGCAAUCAUAGAUUUGAUAGUGGUCUUUGCCUCAAUCAUUGUGCUUGGUGUAGGUUCCAAUGGCCAAGUGUUUGCCACGUCUGCCAUCAGGGGCAUCCGUUUCCUCCAAAUACUGCGUAUGCUGCAUGUGGAUCGACAGGGAGGAACAUGGAGGCUCCUGGGAUCUGUAGUCUUUAUUCAUCGACAGGAGCUGAUCACCACGCUGUACAUCGGGUUCCUGGGCCUGAUCUUUUCCUCCUACUUUGUCUACUUGGCGGAGAAGGACGCUGUGGACGAGGAGGGCAAGACGGGCUUCUCCAACUACGCCGAUGCCCUGUGGUGGGGCGUGGUGACUGUCACCACCAUCGGCUACGGAGACAAAAUUCCUCAAACGUGGAUUGGCAAGGCCAUUGCCUCCUGCUUCAGCGUCUUCGCCAUCUCCUUCUUCGCUCUGCCUGCUGGUAUCCUGGGCUCAGGGUUUGCCCUGAAAGUCCAACAGAAGCAAAGACAGAAGCACUUCAAUAGACAGAUCCCUGCUGCAGCUUGCCUCAUCCAGACACUUUGGAGGUGCUAUGCAGCAGAGAAACCAAACGGCUGUGAUAUCACAUGGAAAAUGUAUGUUCUAACUCCAGAGACCGUCGCCACAGUGGAACCUGAAAACUUCAGCCCUCAUGUCAGGAUACUGAACAUAUCGAAAAGGGGGACCAAGAGAAGGUUGAAGCCCAGAAGUAACUGCUCUAUGGGUGUGGCCUCAGAGAGGGCCGUAUCGAUCCCCCAGAUCACCCUCGAUCACAUUGAUGACUCCGAGGAGAAGAAAGAUGCCUCUUUUUCCCUGGAAGAGCCAAGAGGUGCUGUUGAAGGAACCCCCGAAAUGUUUGGACAAACAGGCCGUCCUCAACAUUCUUGGUCGUCUUUCACUCUGAGCUGCCCUGGCUCCCCAGUGAGGGGGAAUCAUGAUCACAUCAUCGACAUCUCCCGCGCCAACAGCUUAACAGAUGAGCUGGACUACAUGACUGAGAACAUUCCCCUGCCAGUGGUGAAAGCUAAGUUGUCCCAUGCCCAGAGGUCGGCUGUAAAAGUCCUCCGCAGAAUGCAGUACUUUGUGGCCAGGAAGAAAUUUCAGCAAGCGCGGAAGCCCUAUGACGUGCGAGACGUGAUUGAGCAAUAUUCCCAGGGUCACCUCAACAUGAUGGUCCGCAUCAAGGAACUCCAGAGAAGGCUCGACGGCACACUGGGGAAGCCAGGAAUGUUUCUUCCAGGAAAAGGAGAAGAUAAAGAAUACCCAACUAUUGGAGCGCGACUGAUCAGGCUAGAAGAUAAGGUUCACCGGAUGGACCAGAAUAUGAACUCGAUCCUGCGGAUCCUGAUGGAGCAGUUUCCGCCCAAGCCGGAACUGACAUCCCAGCCCUCCAUCCGCAGGGUGACCAUCCAGAAACGCAUGGGUAUCAGCAUCGACGAGGAGCUCUGAUGUCGCAGCCUUGGUCGAACUAGGAUGAUGUCGUCAUCACCAAAGGAGAAAUAAAGGACCAGCCUAACCCUCAACAUGGUGGUCCAGCCUGCAAAUUCAUUUUCUCGAUUCUCCAAAACCCUCUCUUUUAUUUGCAAUCCAAAAUUGACUUUUGAAGAGUGAGAAGAGAAUAACUUUUAAUUGUCCACUUGGCAGCUGCAUUGCUCUUGGACAUGAGGCCAAGAGUACCACUGAGAGUGGGAUUCGUGGUGUAGAAAGAAGGCUAACUGACCCCUUCCUUCUGACGAUUUGUGCCCCUUUAUGGGUCUUUUUCAUGUUGACUAAAUGUUGCAUUCUCUUCUAUACCACCAUUGUGGGCCCUGAGUCUUCCACUGCAGGACACAGUCAUUCAAGCAGCGACAGGCUACAUGGAUUUAUUUCCCUACAUUAGCCUCAUAAUCACACUAGUCAGACAAUGUUAAUUUAUGUGUGGCCUGUCAUUGAGCUGCAUUCCUCUACUCCAAAUAUUAUUCCAAAGCUAACUAACCCAGUAAUGAAGUUGUAAUGCAAUCAAAGCGCCCGGUUCCCCAAAGACACAGAGAGAAAAAGUGAGAGUCCAGCCAUGGCCGAGGCAUUCCUCGAAUCCUUCUGAUUAUCUUGGCACCAUCCGCACCCAGUACACAACAGGGUUAUUUCCAUAGCCACAUAUCCAUCAGGACUAACUGUACUUAGGCUGCCGUGGGUGUUUGUUUGUAGUGAUCGAAUAACACAAGGAGGGAAGGGCCGAUUAUCUGUUGACUUCGAAAGAACAAAUGUGUCUGGGGUGAGUGGCUAACGUGGUGCUGAUUUACGGAUACAUUGAAGCUAAUGAAAAUAAGCAAACUGCCAUGACAGGGUGCUGCGUUACAGGAAAAAAGUCUAGAGUUAUGGCAUGGUCUCUCAGUUUGCUUCAAGAUUUUCACUGAGAGUUUUCAUGCAUAUAUCAGUCUCAAACAGCACCACUACUCACUCCACCCUGCUUAAUAUCCUCUAUUACCCUCUUCAGGGGGCUCACGCUGCUGUGUGCAAUUUGAAAUAAAUUUGCCCCAUUAAAGCUCUGAUUAUUUUUGCUCUGCAGAGCUAAUUAAGUGCUGAAUUCCUGGUAAGAGGAGAUUACUCACUGUGAGCGACUAAUGAAAAGAAACACUGGAAAAUGUGCAGAAUUUAAACAGUAAGCUUUAAGGAGCAGGCGCACUAAUUCUGUGUGAAAGGUUUGGAAAUAUCAGGAUACCACUGAGAGCACACGUU